GAUGGAGGGAAGCGUGGGGAGGUUGGAAGUGGAAGCUUUGCGAAGGAAAGAGCGGCUGAAAGAGCUACGGAACAAACGGCAGAAAGAUGAAGGGGAGCCUGAGAAUAAGAUGCGCGUGGGAGAGGAGGAAGAACCACACAGGGAGCUGAAGCUGAGGAAUUACACCCCCCAGGAUGAUGAUCUGAAGGAGCGGCAGGUACCACAGGCCAAGCCAAUCUCAGUGGAAGAGAAGGUGAAGGAACAGCUUGAAGCAGCCAAGCCAGAACCAAUCAUUGAGGAAGUAGACUUGGCCAACUUAGCUCCCAGGAAACCAGACUGGGAUCUUAAGAGAGAUGUAGCCAAGAAGCUGGAAAAGCUGGAGAAAAGAACCCAAAGAGCCAUUGCCGAGCUGAUAAGGGAGCGGUUAAAAGGACAGGAAGACGACUUGGCUACAGCGGUGGGAUCAGCAAAUCAAGAGGAUGAAGAUUCAGACUAAACCCCCCGUGUAGUGGAAAAAGGACUGAAGCACCUAAUUUGUGGUACAAAGAGGUGCAAAUGAGAUUUCACUGAAUCCAAGUACCACUCAGUACUUACCCCCCAGGUACAGGCCUCUGUACUGCAGUGCUGCUCUCUUUCCCAUGGUCAGGUAGGGCUUCAAGUCUUGGUUCCAACUGACCAUCUGGCAGAAUGGUAGGUGCAAAGGAAAGCAGUGCACAGCUGGGUGUUAGCUCUUUGGGUGCUAGAGGGAACCAUUGUCACCUUCAGUUGUGUGAGGAAGGAGUUGCAUUUGUAGCCUUGAAUGUGCCCCUUUCAUUUUGAGCAAUAGAGUUAUUUGUAUAAUGUUUAAGGGGAAGGGAGAUGUUUAAGAUUUUCUUACAUUUUUUAAUAAACAGUUAAAAACCCACACAAA